AUGCGUCUCAUUAUACGUUCUGAUUAUGACGAGGUAUCAGAGUACAUAGCAACUUAUGUCAAAAAUCGUAUACUUGAAUAUAACCCAACUCGAGAGCGUCCCUUUGUUCUUGGCUUGCCAACUGGUUCAUCACCCGUUGGUUUAUAUAAAUGUUUGGUGAAAUUUUAUAGGAACAAUGAGUUAAGCUUCAAGCAUGUUGUUACCUUUAACAUGGACGAAUAUGUUGGUUUACCAAGGGAUCACCCGGAAAGUUAUCAUUCUUUUAUGUGGCAUCAUCUAUUCAAACAUAUCGACAUUGCUCCGGAUAACGUAAACAUCCUUGAUGGUAACGCCGAGAACCUUAGUGAAGAAUGUGUUAGAUUUGAAAGAAAGAUAAAGUCUGUCGGUGGUAUUGAAUUAUUCAUUGGAGGAAUCGGACCCGAUGGUCAUAUCGCUUUCAAUGAACCGGGAUCAUCUCUGACAUCAAGAACCCGUGUUAAAACCUUGGCUUACGAUACUAUUUUGGCGAAUUCAAGAUUCUUUGAUAAUGAUAUUAACAAAGUACCAAGAAUGGCUUUGACAGUCGGUGUGGGAACCGUUAUGGAGGCACGCGAAGUCGCGAUUAUCAUAACCGGAGCACAUAAAGCGAUUGCUCUUUCCAAAUGUAUCGAAGAAGGUGUAAAUCACAUGUGGACGGUUUCGGCCAUACAACAUCACCCAAAAGCUUUGAUCGUUUGUGAUGAAGACGCAACGCUUGAAUUGCAUGUCAAGACCGUAAAAUAUUUCAAGAGUAUUGAGCAUGUCAUUAACAAUCUUAUUGGAGCCGAAAAUGUCGGUUUACAAGGCAAUGUCAAGAAAUAUCCUACCCCAGAAGCAACCCCGGAAGUUACCCCGGAAGUUACUCCAGAAGUUACUCCAAUCUGCGAAGCAUUUUACAAUUUACCUUUUAAAAGAUAA